CACUGCCCGGCUUUAAAAGUCCCCGCUGGGACGGGCUCAUUUCCGCGUCACCCCGGCGUCCCGAUGGCCCCCGCGGUGGCGCUGCCUGUGCUGGUGGCCCUGGUGGCCCUGGUGGCGCCGGGGCUCGGCGCGGCCCCCGGCUGUGAUCACCCUGCCCACCGCUGGUGCAGCUCCCGGGACACCGCUGUCGCCUGCCAGGUGCAGAGCCGCUGCCCGAGCCUCCCGCGCCCCGCGGCCGCGCCCGUGCAGCUGAGCCUGUACUACGAGAGCCUGUGCCCGGCGUGCCGCGAGUUCCUGGUGCUGAAACUCUUCCCCACCUGGCUGCUGCUGCCCGAUGAGAUGCUAAACAUCACCCUGGUGCCCUAUGGCAAUGCCCAGGAGAGGAACGUCAGCGGCAAGUUGGAUUUCCAGUGCCAGCACGGCCCUGAGGAAUGCCUGGGCAACAUGAUGGAGGCCUGUCUGAUGCACGAGGCCAAGAACUUCAGCACCUACUUCCCCGUCAUCUUCUGCCUGGAGUCGGGCAGCUCCGUCACCAAGAACCUGGAGGCUUGCCUGCAGAUCUACGCCCCCGAGGUGGACAGCGGCCGCAUCAGCGCCUGCGUGCAGGGGGACACGGGGGUGGCCCUGAUGCACCACAACGCCCAGCUGACCGAGGCUCUGGAUCCUCCACACCAGUACGUGCCCUGGAUCACCAUCAACGGGAAGCACACGGACGAGCUGCAGGCACAGGCCGAGGCCUCGCUGCUGGCGCUGGUUUGUCACCUCUACCAGGGGGAGAAGCCUGAGGCCUGCGGGGGCUCCAAGGCCCCGAAGAUCCGGCCUGGCUGCAGGCGCUGAGGGAGCGCUGAGGGAGAGGCCAAUAAAAAGGAUUUUUUAUGGAAAAGCA